GACAUUCUUCAAACAAAACUAAUUCAUUAGAAUCAUCAAGUCUUCAAAAUUCAAAGAUUCCUACAUCCUCUUUUAAGGAUUCGUUGACUGACGAAGAAUCUGUUUCACAACAAAGGCAGGGAAUUGCAUUAAAUCAGUUAAACGUUAAUUCCCACGACGCCGAACUACUUAAGGGUUAUUCAUUGGGCAUUUUUUCACCAGAUAAUUCCAUAAGACAAUGGUUUUUUGAUGUGCUGAAUAAGCCAUGGACAGAACCCGUGAUAUUGUGCCUUAUUGUAGUCAAUAUCAUACUUUUAGUCGCUGAUGCAUGGGUUCCUUUCGUAGACAGUCCGAAUGCUCCCGUCACGCCGCAAAACAUUUGGGGAAGUUCAUCAACUGACUAUGGAUUAUUGGUCGUGUUCAUCAUAUUCACGAUUGAAAUGUUGGCGAGGAUCGUGGUGUCAGGGUUAAUUUUUGGACCAGAGAAAAGUACACGGACAAGUUCGUCUGCUAGACCAAAUUCAAACAGACCACAUCACUCGAAGACACCAUCCAUCACUCUUAGUCAACUCAAUUCACGACAGACCUUAUAUAAUAUACCGUUCCUUCGCCAUACCUUCAACCGCACCGAUUUGCUCGCUGUUUGUAGUUAUUGGAUUGAUUUGGCACUCACAAUUGCUGGUGUACAACAUUUUCUGCUUUUCAGAGCUUUAUCUACAUUAAGGGGUGUUCGUUUGUUAUCUAUAACGAGUGGAACGUAUACGAUUUUACAGUCUUUGAAAAAAAGUCUACCGUUACUGUUCAAC